AUGGCAGACCCUUACUCUAAUUUCUUCUCAGGUUUCUUCAGAUUCAAUCACACCAACCAUUACCCAUCUUCAACCCCUUCUCCUCAUCAUCCCUAUAUCCACAACUUCAUCAACCACACCACCACAAACAACAACAUCAACAAUAGCUUUUUCCACUACCAUCACCAUCAAAAUACAACUACUAGUACAACUUCUUCUUCUUCUUCACCCCCUUCACCUCCUCUUAGAGUAGCCCUUCCACUUUUGAGCCUCACCCCAACAAAGCAAGAGAAUAAUGAAGAGCAAGAACAAGAUCAGGAUCAAUCUUGCAGUGCCAUGGAUAUUGUGGAAGAGGACUGUAGCAAGAUCCGCCAUUAUUGUAAAUUACCCAAAGAGGAAGAAAAAGAUGAGGAUGAUGAUGAUAAUGAAGGUGUUACUGUUUCACUUCACAUAGGGUUGCCAAGCCCUAGUGCUGCUGAUUUGGCUUCUGUGUUUUCUUCUUCUUCAGACAAAGAACAAUUAAGAGAUAAUGGUAGUGAGGAUUCAGGGUUCUUGGGAAACAGACUCAACAAGGGACAGUAUUGGAUCCCUACCCCAUCUCAGAUUCUCAUUGGUCCUACACAGUUCUCUUGCCCUGUAUGCUGCAAAACCUUCAACAGAUACAAUAACAUGCAGAUGCAUAUGUGGGGGCAUGGAUCACAGUACAGAAAAGGGCCUGAAUCUCUGAGGGGUACACAACCAACAGGUAUGCUUAGGCUUCCUUGUUACUGUUGUACCCCAGGUUGCAGGAACAACAUUGAUCACCCAAGAGCAAAGCCUCUCAAAGAUUUUAGAACCCUUCAAACACAUUACAAAAGGAAGCAUGGGAUUAAGCCCUUCAUGUGCAGAAAAUGUGGGAAAGCUUUUGCUGUUAGAGGGGAUUGGAGAACCCAUGAAAAGAACUGUGGGAAGCUGUGGUAUUGCAUCUGUGGUUCUGAUUUCAAGCACAAGAGAUCCCUUAAAGAUCAUAUAAAAGCUUUUGGGAGUGGCCAUGCACCUUAUGGAACCGAUGGAUUUGAAGAAGAUGAAGAGCCAGCAUCUGAAGUAGAGCAUGAUAAUGAUUUCACCCAGUAA